AAAAGAAGAAGGGCGAGCAGGAGGUGGAGGCAGGAGGCGGCGGGGGACGGCGCCCGCCCGCCCGCCCGCGCGCUUCCUCUGAAGAUCCAGAUUUGCCUUUCAGGCUGCUUUUGACUACUCUAGAAAAGUGGCGACACAUUGAAUCUGACAUGAUUCUUCCCAGUUGUACUGCUGCAGAUGGAGCUCUGAAUAUGAGGAAUGAAAAUUGAUGUGACUUGUUGGUGUUCCUUCUGCUAUAGCCUGGCAAGUCUCUGAGCAGCAGAGGAGCUCUGCAAACAAAAAAGAAAUAAAAGACAUUAACCCACCUUGUUCAGGGAAAACACUAAAUCAGCACAAUAUGGCACAGCAUAGUAUUGUCCUUGGAUUAUUCAUGAUGACUGUUUUAUCACUGUUGGAUGGAAGUUCAUCUUUCCUGUUAAAUCAGCGUCUGAAGGGAAGAUUUCAAAGAGACCGUAGAAACAUCCGUCCAAACGUCAUCCUUGUUCUUACUGAUGAUCAGGAUGUAGAACUUGGUUCAAUGCAAGUGAUGAAUAAAACAAGGCGGAUCAUGGAACAUGGAGGUGCUCACUUCAUCAAUGCCUUUGUGACAACACCCAUGUGCUGCCCAUCUCGCUCCUCUAUUCUUACGGGGAAGUACGUCCACAACCACAACACUUACACUAACAAUGAGAACUGUUCUUCUCCAUCCUGGCAGGCUCAGCAUGAAAUACGUACGUUUGCUGUGUACCUCAACAACACAGGAUACAGGACAGCUUUCUUUGGAAAGUAUCUUAAUGAAUACAAUGGUUCCUAUGUCCCUCCUGGUUGGAAAGAAUGGGUUGGAUUGCUUAAAAACUCCCGAUUUUACAACUACACACUCUGUAGAAAUGGAGUGAAGGAGAAGCAUGGAUUUGACUACUCCAGGGAUUAUCUAACUGAUCUGAUCACCAAUGACAGUAUUACCUUCUUCAGAAUCUCAAAGAAGAUGUACCCUCACAGGCCUGUAUUGAUGGUUAUAAGCCAUGCUGCUCCUCAUGGUCCUGAAGAUUCAGCCCCUCAGUAUUCACAUCUCUUUCCUAAUGCCUCACAACACAUCACUCCUAGUUAUAACUAUGCUCCAAACCCAGACAAGCACUGGAUAAUGAGGUAUACAGGUCCUAUGAAACCUAUACACAUGGAGUUCACUAACAUGCUGCAGAGAAAGCGCCUUCAAACACUCAUGUCUGUGGAUGACUCUAUGGAGACGAUUUAUAAUAUGUUGGUUGAAACAGGUGAACUGGACAAUACCUAUAUAAUAUACACAGCUGACCAUGGUUAUCAUAUUGGGCAGUUUGGGCUAGUGAAAGGAAAGUCCAUGCCAUAUGAGUUCGAUAUCAGAGUUCCUUUCUAUGUCCGAGGUCCAAACGUGGAGGCUGGGUCCUUGAAUCCUCACAUUGUAUUGAACAUUGAUCUUGCACCUACAAUUCUAGAUAUUGCCGGACUGGAUAUUCCGUCUGAUAUGGAUGGUAAAUCCAUUCUAAAACUUCUGGAUUCUGAGAGACCAGUGAAUAGGUUCCAUUUAAAGAAAAAGAUGAAGGUGUGGAGAGACUCGUUCCUAGUGGAGAGGGGUAAGCUACUGCAUAAGAGAGAAAAUGAGAAGGUAGAUGCCCAAGAAGAAAACUUCCUACCCAAAUACCAGCGUGUGAAAGACCUCUGUCAGCGAGCUGAGUAUCAAACAGCCUGUGAACAGCUUGGGCAGAAGUGGCAGUGUGUGGAAGAUGCGAGCGGAAAGCUCAAGCUGCACAAGUGCAAGGGAAUGGCAAAUUUGGCAGCUGCAAGCACCAGCAAAGGCACCUCAAACCUUUUGCCCAAGUAUUACAACAGGAACAGCGAAGACUGCAAUUGUGAAGAGAAUGAAUAUAAGCUGAGCCAUGUCGGACGGAGGAAGAAACUCUUCCCCAAGAAGAAGUACAAACCAAGCUAUGUCCGGAAUCGCUCUAUCCGUUCUGUGUCUGUUGAGUUGGAUGGAGAGGUUUACAACUUCGGGCUAGAGGAUGGAUACCAACCAGUCCUACCAAGGAACAUCACCAAAAGACACAAGAUACAGAGGGAUAUUGCUCGUGAAGAGGAAGAUAGAGACAUGGGGGAAUACAGUGGCACUGGUGGCAUUGCAGAGUAUACAGCCCCCAACCUAAUAAAAGUGACUCACAGGUGCUAUAUCUUGGAGAAUGAUACCGUUCAGUGUGACACAGAUCUGUACAGGUCACUGCAAGCUUGGAAGGACCAUAAACUUCAUAUUGACCAUGAGAUUGAAACUUUGCAAAAUAAAAUAAAAAACCUGAGGGAGGUGAGAGGUCAUCUGAAGAAGAAGAGACCUGAAGAAUGUGAUUGCAACAAGAUAAGUUACCAUUCGAAACACAAAAGCAAACUGAGGCAUAGAGGAUCUCAUCUACAUCCUUUCAAGAAAACCCUACAGGAGAAAGACAGGCUGUGGCUGCUUAGAGAACAGAGGCGAAAGAAGAAACUGCGCAAACUGCUGAAGAGAAUAAAAAACAACGACACAUGCAGCAUGCCAGGUCUCACCUGCUUCACCCAUGACAACCAGCACUGGCAAACUGCGCCCCUGUGGACACUGGGACCUUUCUGUGCCUGUACCAGUGCCAACAACAACACAUACUGGUGUUUGAGGACAAUCAACGAGACCCACAACUUCCUGUUUUGUGAAUUUGCUACUGGGUUUUUGGAGUAUUUUGAUCUCAAUACUGAUCCAUACCAGCUAAUUAAUGCAGUGAAUACGCUAGAUAGAGAUGUUCUCAAUCAACUGCAUAUCCAACUCAUGGAACUAAGAAGCUGCAAAGGAUAUAAACAAUGCAACCCGAGAACGAGGAACAUGGAUCUGGGUCUUAAAGAUGGAAGCUACGAGCAAUACAGGCAGUUUCAGCGUCGAAAGUGGCCAGAUGUGAAGAGACCAUCAUCUUCCAAGUCGCUAGGACAACUGUGGGAAGGAUGGGAGGGCUAAUGUCCCCCAACUGCUGGACCUCAGCGAGGAUAUCAACUGGCCAGAACUUGAAUCUGUGUACAGUCUAAAUGAAAAUGUGUAUGAUUUCAGAAAGAAUUAUAAUGUUAGCCUGGAGGACUGGAUGAACUUCUGAAGCUCAGAUAGAUAGAAUUUUUGCACUGUUCAGUGAAUUAAAUAGAUGCAGUGAAAUCUGGGAACUGCUGUCAGGAACACAGGUCUCUGAAAUCCACUAUUGUACCUGCUUUUUGCUUUGGAUUAUACCUCACCUGCUUCACAAGGCAUUUUACAAGAAGUCACCACUAACACUGUUCCAAGAGUUGGCAAAAGAGGAAACGCAGCUGCAUCCCAAAGAGGACUGCCAUCCCAGUAGGCAAAGGGUACGCACAGACAUUUCCAUGGGAGGAAACUUAAAACAGUUCUUGAUUCAGCUCUAUCUUCCAAUGUCAUGAGAAAACUUCAAAGCCAAGUAUAACUGUAAAGCAAGAUUUAGAAAACAUGGACACUUCUGCUUCUAACUGGGGUGUAGAUAAUGGUGGAAAAGAACUAUUACGAGAUUCAGGAAUUCAAGUGGGCAGCAUUGAAUGAUUCCAACAUCAUGAUAUUUCUCAAAUUUCCUCUGAGGAUAUGUUUUAUUUCAAUGUCUACUUGUCCGUCCUAUUGACACCUCUAGGAACUCUAGAGAAAACUUUGACUAACAGAAAACCAGAUUUCAGGGAGGGGGGGGGGUUAUGUACAUAUUGAUUGAUAUACUGUCUGAAAAUGAACUCCUUCAGGUUGUGAAGAAUUUUGUUAAUAAAAAGUGUGGAAUGCCCACAUACCAUUUCUCAAAAUGUUACUUAAUGUUGCAUAGUACAUUUCAGAAUUCAUCCGUUUCUAAAAGUACUGAAAAAUUUCAGUAGAUGUAUGUCUUAAAUUUUAAUGAAAUCAGAUUUGUAUAAAGUCUUUUUAUGUGGUAAUAUUAUAUUGUAUGUUCAAAACCAAAACCCUUCCUUUGAGAAAGCAACAUUUGUUUAGCAGUGUAACUUUUAAAAAUAAAUAUAAAAGAGGCAGCUCCAACAAGUUCAAUACUCUGUGGCCAAUAACUUAUAAUACUAUAGUUCAGUCUACAGAAAAGUAAAUUUUCUGAGCAAGUGCUACUGUCUUCAGUAAAGACUAAAAAACAGCAGUCUACUAUAGAAGCACAGCAUACAGAGUCUGAGUAUUUUCCAUAAACAGAAGGUUAUUAAACACGUUGUAAUUCAGGCACUAACAGGGAGAUCUUCAUAAUUUUUCCAUGUUACUAGGCCACCUGUUUUGAGGCCCACGCAAGAGAGAGCUCAUACGCUACUACAUCAGCUACUAUUCUUCCUUUCAAUAGCCUGCAAUGUCAGUAACGAUCUUCUCUACUGAGGCUUGGGAGAUGUACCUACAUUUUAUGAAGAAAAUAUUUAAAAUAGAAGACUCAACCAACAGUGGCCUUUACUCUUAACACUAGAGGUACAUCUUUUUCCAAAACACAAACUUAACUUGCAUUUCUAGAAUACAGUGUAAAAAUAUAUCAAAGAAACAAUUUUGAUACCUCCUUCUGCUUUUGCACAUUAGGCAACUCAAGUAGAAUUACUUAACUGGGGAUAGAGAUCUCUGGUAUCACAUACCCAUACAAGAAAAAUAUACCUGAAUGUAGAAACCGAACAAAAAAAACCCUCAAAGAAGUGCUGCUGGGGUCUUUUACUUUAUGUGUUAUAGUAAAACUAGACUUGAGCUUGUAUUUGUAUCACAUAUAAAUGAGUCAAAUAUACUUUCCAAAA